AUGGGCGGUGGCAGAUUAUACAGAAUGACCGUGCUGCUCCUUGUAGCGAGUCUAACCUGGCGGCAGAGUUUUUCGCAGAGCGUCGCUCCAAUAAUUGAUCAACACAGCAAUGACAACAUUACCAUCUUCACUCGCAUAUUGGACAGUCUACUCGAUGGAUAUGAUAACAGACUCAGACCUGGUUUAGGAGAAAGAAUAACCGAAGUCAAAACUGAUAUCUACGUUACAAGCUUUGGUCCAGUCUCGGACACUGAAAUGGAGUACACAAUCGAUGUCUUCUUCCGUCAAAGUUGGAAGGACGAACGACUGAAGUUCAAAGGACCGAUGCAUCGACUGUCUCUGAAUAACAUGCUGGCCAGUAAGAUCUGGACACCUGACACUUUCUUCCACAAUGGCAAGAAAUCCAUCGCACACAACAUGACCACGCCGAACAAGUUACUGAGGCUGGUGGAGGAUGGCACGCUGCUCUACACCAUGAGAUUAACCAUUUCUGCAGAGUGCCCUAUGCAGCUGGAAGACUUCCCUAUGGACGUCCAUGCUUGCCCCCUUAAAUUUGGAAGCUAUGCGUAUCCGAACUCGGAGGUGAUUUACAUAUGGACGAAUGAAACGGAUAAAUCCGUGGUUGUUGCUGAGGACGGCUCUCGCCUGAAUCAAUACGAUUUAUUAGGCCAAACGGUGGGAGAUGAACUUAUCAGAUCAAGCACAGGUGACUAUGUAGUAAUGACAGCACAUUUCCAUCUGAAGAGAAAAAUCGGCUAUUUUGUCAUCCAAACAUACCUCCCCUGCAUCAUGACUGUUAUCUUAUCCCAGAUGUCAUUCUGGUUGAACAGAGAAUCUGUCCCCGCCAGAACAGUGUUUGGUGUAACCACUGUGCUGACAAUGACAACACUGAGCAUCAGUGCAAGAAACUCAUUGCCAAAAGUCGCAUAUGCCACUGCAAUGGACUGGUUUAUAGCUGUGUGCUAUGCAUUUGUCUUUUCCGCUCUCAUAGAGUUUGCAACAGUCAAUUACUUCACCAAACGAAGCUGGGCAUGGGACGGGAAGAAAGCAAUGGAAGCUUAUCACUCUAAGAAAAAAGACACCUUGGCAAGAAACAUGAACAAUGCGUAUGCCAUCGGGGGAAUGACCUACACCCCAAACAUUACAAAGGAGCCUGUCAUACCCAGCAUCUCAAAGAGCACGACUGUGCAAAUGAAGGCGGAAGAAAAGGCCGCUGAAAGUAAAAAAACUUACAACAGCGUCAGCAAGAUUGACAAAAUGGCCAGAGUUGUGUUUCCAGUCUUCUUUGGAAUUUUCAAUUUAGUUUACUGGGCAACUUAUCUGAACAGAGAGCCAGUUAUAAAAGAAGCCAUUACUCCAAAUUAA